UUCGAUGCGCUUCUUCUUGCAUCUUCAGUUCAGUGCGUCAGUCAAAUCAAAUCUGGAUGUGCGUCUCUCUCCAUUUAUUCCCUGCGGAAAAAGAAGGAAUAAAAAAAUCGGACAUUUUUCUAACUUUAGUCUAGUGUUUUAUCCGGGAAAAAUCACCAGAUUUUCGUCCGUUUUAUCGUAGUUUGUAGGUGGCAAGUGUUCGGAGAAAGAGAUUCGAAUUCGGGGGUGAAACGUCUGGACGCAAUGGACGGCCAAAGAAAGUGAUUGAUUGAUUGCCUUUGGGGGAAAGGAUUUUUCUUCUGGGAAAGGUCUCAUCGCACAGAAGCGCAGGAUGCCAUUGAGCCCGGAUUGGGAAGACCCCGAGCAGCCUGGCAAUAGUCGGGAGUUCGGAGGAAUAACACGCCCAAGACCCAGUAGCCGGUUCAUCCGUUCGAACGACUCGGCCCGAUGUGAAAACAUUCUGCUCAAGGUGCUUAACCGGGAACACAGCGGAUAUUUUAGCACGGGAUUGAACAAGCGAUCGCACCGGGAAGCGUUCCGGGAAGUCCCGUCGCAUCUGAGCUUCUGCCUGAAGGAAAUCGUACCGUACUGCUAUCUGCAGGGGCAUGUAUUCAUGGGUUUGUCGGCAUGCGGACAGUUCUUGCUCAGCUAUAAAGCUUCCUGCGACUACGACGAGGUCAUCACGAAUGAGUACAACUUUUCCUCGAACUAUAAAUAUGAGUUGUACUUUUGGAUCUACCGGCCGCACUUCCUGUUAAGCAAGUACUUCCACGUGUGUCUCUUCGACGAUCACGGAGUCGACGAUAUCAAAACUGUGUCGAUCACACAGUGGAAAACGGAUCAGCGGCUGUUGAUCGUCCAUGGGGCCAGCGAGAAGGAGGAUCAGGACUCGUACGUGACGGUAGUUCGGGUGCCGAAGUUGGGCUGCAUGGAUUGUAAACAGAUGAGGGAUGCGGACGAAGAAGACGCCAGCCAGGGCUCGCUUUGCAUCAGCUGCAACAUGACGAUCCAUACCAAGUACCGUAACUCAGAUUCCGGACCGAAGUUCAAUCCGCGGUACAAUUUGAACUGCCCUGGGUACAUUAUUAUGAGCGAAAAUAGCUUCAUUCAUACGAUAUGUAUUCAGUUGGACUUGAGUAGGUGUCCUCAGAAGGUGCCAUCCGGUGUCAUCAGUAGCAAGUAUAUUUCCAAAUAUCAACGCAUGAGUCCGGAAGUGGAAAUCAAGUUAGAAAAUCUCGUUGAUAGCAAACCCUUGGCCCCAAAGCCAGAUCCUCCUAAACCUUCCAUGUGCGAAACUUUCCCUGUCCCAAUUCUCCCAGCCCCUUCACAAUCCCUGAGCAUAGCCGACCAAAUUAUUGCCGACUUUGCUGAGUAUGAGACUGAAACCUUCGAAUCCAAGUGUUCCCAAACCAUGCAUCUUCGCACCACCAGUCGGUUGUCUUCCAGUUCUUCCUCGUCCUCGCGAUCUCACUCGACGGCAGUUGCUCAGUGUCCGGAGAACUUUGACGAGCUGGUCAUCACCUGUGAUCAUCGCGGCCAAUCCGUUGCCAUUGCUCCCCCGCGAAGCUCCGUAUUGACCCGAGGAGCGGCGGCUCGCCUUUCGGAGGCCCUCUCGCCCUCAUCUAACAUUCGACUGAUGAACCAUCGCAACAAUACCAACAUAGAGCUAAGACUAACGGCCGCCCAUCGGACGUCUCCACCGGAUGCCCACAAAUCCUACGUAACCCGAGUGGAGCUUUCGACGGGUCCAUCCUCUUCUGGUGCUUCCCCUCACCCGAGCGCUGCCAACUCAUGCCACACUCAAUCUCCGCUGGAAUCUAGCGGAGCAACUCCAUCAAGUUCCUCAUCGUCCUCCACCGGAAAUGGACGGACACCACUACGAAGACGAUCGUAUCUCUCUACCGGUAGUAGAUCGACUGAUCCUAACGUUCCUAAUCAAGCAGAUGGCGGCACCGUGACCAACGACGUCGCCGCCAAGGCUUACGAAUUCUCCGAAGACAACGAACGGUGCGAGAAGAUCAGCAUCUUCCGCAAGCGCCGCCUAGCCGACAAAAAGUACGAAUUCUCCGAGGACAGCAGCCACGGGGACAACGUGAUCGUCCCAUUCAAUCGGCUCCGGAAUCAAAUCCGCACCCGAUCCGCUAGUCAAGCCCUCAUCUGCAGCCCAUCGCACUCAGGCUACGAAAUGACCACCCAUCUUCAUCGAGCCUCCCCGAACCAUGGCUUCCGAUCGCCCUGCGGUUCCCCGGUCGGCAAUCGAUACCUUCGAUCUCCGCCCGGAAUCCGUUCACCCAACUACUAUCGUCAUCAUUCCCCGGUGGGAACUCCGCGCCCACAGCAAACCCCUCAGCAGUCCGCAGCUCAACUCAUCAAGAUGGCCAACUUUGACCCGAAGGAUUACAUCUACCCUGGCGGUGGUGCCGCCGGUGCAACUGAGGACAUCCCCAAGUUCUUCAUUGAUGCCAUCCAGAAGUUCAACGAGAAGAAACUCCAAGCGGACGAGGGCAACAACGAGAACUUCAACACGGACAAUCUACUUCCACUGAAGGCGGACCUGACUGGAUUCGGGUGCAACGGUACGACGGUGCAGGAAACCAAACCGGGGAAGAAACCCACCUGCACCAAGAAGAUUGUGAAGAUUUUCGUCGAGGAAGAUGACGCCAACUCGGUGCUGACCACUGAAGAAGACGACUGCAUCUCGCCCGGGUACCACGCUUCCCUUCCAAUGGAGGUGCACGGUUCGUGCUAUGCCAACAUGCAAAUCGUAUCGCCGGCUUCCUAUCAGAAGCUGAACUGUCCGGCGGUGGUGGUGACGCAGAACUCUUUUGAUAUGGAAGCGUUUUCGUUCCACGUGGCCAACUACAUCUGCGCCAAGCACGACAAAAAGUACGGUAUCCUGUUCGAUUCGGCGUACGAGCUGACGCAUGUCUGUCCGCUGACGGAAACGAUCACCUGUACGAUGGUGCUGCAGUUCACGGCCAGCGACGCCAGUAAGGUCAAGCAAUGCCACAACUGUUCCACGACGAUCGACUGUCGCACCCAUCGGAAGAUCUACCAGUGCCGGUCACUGUUCACCUGGAACAUAGCCAGUGGCGAGUGGACCGUGCUGGAUUACGGUUCCCUCGGCUCUGGGCCCUAUCUAGAGGUGAAAAAACUUGCCAGUAACUACAACCGUUUGCUGGGCAAGCUGCGCAAAUUCACCCGGAAGCUGUUUGAUUCGUCCGCGUCGGCAACGGACGAACUGGACAGCAACCGAACGUACGAGUAUCUGAACCAUUUGCGGGUGCUGGAUUCCAACAACGAGAAAACCAAGCAGCGACUGGUUGACCCGAUGCACAUGAUCGAGUUCUUCCGGAGGCAACCCCAUGACACCGGAGGGGAUUCGGACGAUUCGGACGACGACGAUGACGAAUCGAUCAGCUCGGUGGCCUCGUCCGGUCACGACGAGGAGGAAGAGGACGAUACUGGGACGGUGCUGGAGGGGGACACCCUCACAUCGGAUACGGUUAGUGAUGAAGAUGAUAUUUAAUUCAGUGGGGGUUCUUCAUUUUAGCUAGGAAUGAAACGUGAUUUGUGGGAUUCAUUCAUUUUAAAUUGGUCGAACUGAUAUGGUAACAUCGUGAUAUUCAUGUGUUGUAAAAGAGUGUAUUUUCUUAUACUUCUAAAUACUUUCAUCUAAUUCGCAAUUGAAAGUAAUUUCAAAUA